AUGGUGCUCAUUGGCGAUAUAAGUUCGAUUUUCACUGCCGGUUGGCUAUUAGGAUGCACAGUGUUGAUCGCUACAAAGGACGAUAUAAAAGCGAGACGAUUUCGGGAUGUAAUAUUCAUCGUAUUCUCGAUGAGCCUGUAUUUAGUUAGCUUCUUCGUAUUGUAUAUUUUCGUAUUCUCGUACAAAGAUUUGGAUCCGAAAACUAUGCUUCUCAUUAUUCUGAGAGUAUUGCUUGCCUAUUGGAUUGAGUUAGUGGAUGCUGCGUUGACAACCCUGUGGAACUGGAAAAUUCGGUCCGUUAUCUCGCAGUUACGUAAUUUUGAUCGAGUUACAAAAUAUCGGGAUGCCUCGAAAGGAAACAAGCUGCGAUUCUUCUGUCGCAUCACAGUGGUCUUCGUUUUUCUAUAUUGGUGCAUAGUUGCAUACUUGAGCUACAGAAUUGAACUCAGAGUACCUGGUUUUCGAGGCAUAGUAUAUUUCUUCGCGGACGCCUCUGUGAAUAUUCAAGUUCUAAUAUUUGUCGGAAUUUUGUUCCUCAUCGAGGAAAGAUUUCGUCAUCUGUGCAAUAUCGUGACGUUCUUUAAAGAUGACAAGUUAGUAGUGGCCGAUCGAUCGAUUGGGCAUUUUACGCUACAGCAGAUAUGGUGGCUACAUUGCACUCUCGCCAAUGCUGCUGAAAUGAUAAAUUCCGUUUAUUCCAUUCAAUUGUUGUUCUGGAUCCCGAGUAUGUCGUUCAACCUGCUGUCAAGGAUUUAUUCAUUACACGUGUUCAUAUUAACGGAUUUGGGGAAGAUCAGGGAAUUAAUGCUGACAUUUGGAUGCGCACUGAACCUCAUAUUGAUCACCACAAUGUGUCACAUAACAGCGAGUCAGGCGAAUCGUGUCGGUCGGCUCAUUUUCUCGCCGAACUCCUCCGUUUCUAUGAAACGCAUGUUCCUACAGGAAAACAUUGAAGCUGUGGCGUAUUUCCAGCUAAGGAAGGUGCAUUUCUUCACUACCAUAGGGAUAAUACGCAUCGAUCUUCCCCUCCUGCUUUCGAUAUUUUCGGCAAUGACAACAUAUUUAGUCAUUCUUACUUGAAGACUAUCUUGGCG